AUGGGUGGAGGGCGCGCCGCGCGGCCCCAGCGCCCGCCCCUCGCCGCCGCACCUGAGAGCUUGCCAGGUGAAGGCUCCGCCAAUGGGAACGGCCCUUCCCCCGAGCCCGCCAAUGAGCGUCAAGCGUCCGCUCCUGCUGUGGAGGCGUCCGGCUCGGCGGCCAGAAGAGAGGCGACUUCGCGGGCGCCGCAGGCAGCGCGGUCUGGGCUCGCCUCGCAGCCCGGCGGAGGCCGCCUGAUGGAGUCCCCGCGGCCGCUCAGGGCUAUUGGGGUGAAGCGCAAGACCUUUGAGCGGGACCAGGACUCUGCAGGGAGCCCUGGCAAGGAGUGCUCGUGCCGCUCGCUCCUGCUCGCGUCGCUCAGGAGGUACCUCGUGUCGCCCGCGCUGUGUGCCGAGGAGAUCCACAAGUUUGUGCUACUCAAGAACACCAUCAAGCGCCUCCAGGAGAACGAUGCCCCCCCUCUAAACCAGGCCCCCCCCGAAGAGGUCCCCCAGUGGCUCCUUGAGAGGGGUCCGCCUCCCCACGACACUGGCGAGGGUCCCCUGCCGGGCUGCAGCAUCUCGGCGAGCGCGGCGUCUCUGGGGGACCCAGAGGAAAAGCUGCAGUGUGCGGUGGACCACCUGAAAAGGAGUGGCAUGGACAACGGCCCUGGAGCACCGUCGGUGGUCCUCAUCCCCUGUCUGGAGGCUGCUGACGGAGGCUUUGCCGAUCUGCUUCUGGAUCCAUUCUUCCCCACGGCAAAUGAGAGCUUCUGCGGGGAGGUCUUUCAGCAGGACUCCGGCACUGCCUCCCACCCGAGCGCAGCGGUCCCCCGGGGCAGUGCCAGUGGUGCACUGGGCUUGCCCUUUGAGGACAGCCACGCCUGGGAUGCCUCCUUCCCAGGGGAGCUCCUCUGUGGUGCCGUGGCUGGGAGCUUCGAGGGCUUCGCCUCCAGCUACCUCAGCAACCUGCCUCCGGACGAUCUGUUCGCAGACAUUGAUACGUCGGAGUUUGAGAGCAUCCCACACACCUUGCCGAGCGAGGGGCGGCCCGGCAUGGCCUGCCCCGGCCUGGCGGGGUGCGAGGCCCCCCAGGCGGAGGCCCUGCUCUUUCCCAGCCAGGCUGCACGAGGCUCCGGGGACUGCGACCUUUCUGGGGGGCUGCUGCUUAGCUUCUAAAGAAACCUGCUCAGCCGCUCUGGGUCUCCCAGGGGCUGCAGGUGCUGAUGUUUACAGGGCAACGACCCCCCAUGUGACUUUCCAAAGGAAAAGGAUUGUUUACAGUUUUACAAUCAUAACUUAAGAAGUUUACUUUUUCAAUACUGGUGUUUUUAUCCGUGAAAGGAUGCAAAUCUGAGAGCGAACCCUCAGUUGCUACAAGUGCAAUAUGCUACUGUCUGCUGGAGAAGGGAAGAGAACUUGCACAGGGAAACGAUGCCAUGGCGUCUCCAGUGGGAUGGAGCCUCAGACAGGACAAUCCUGACCCCCAGGAGGGGGCGGAAUGGCUCUUCUGCCAGGGAGGAGCCUCCCUCUGCCAAAGCCGGUUUCUUCAGGAAGAGCCACCACCAGCGUGGAGCAGGUUUCGCCAGCGCCGGACCAGCACGCUGCCCUCAGAACCACCAUGGUGCUGCCUCCCAAGCAAGCGCUGGCUCAGUCCAUCAGCCCUGGAACUGCAUCUCAACUACCUCCCAAGCAACGGGGCAGCCGUCUUGUGGGCGUUCGCAGGCAGGCCGGCUCCCCAUUGUCUUCUGGCUGCAAAUGGCCCCUGAGCAAGGCCCGUUGCCAAGAGUGCUCCAGGGGCCCAGAGCGGAUGCUGCUGCUAUUGUGCAAGGUGGGACCACCGUGGGAAUUUUCCCUGGAAACAUGGCACCACUCUGGCGCACCUUCGGAGCAGAGCCUCUCCUUCCCAAGAAGGUGCUCCUCCCGGGCCACUGGAAUGGAAAAUGUGGCAGACGCCCAACUCCGAGAUGUGCACCUCAGCCUUCUCUUGGAAGAGCUUGAACUUGCCACGCAGCGCUUCCUUUAUGUGGGGACUCGGGAGACCCAUUCCAGCCCUGCAGGACCCCCCCCCCCGGUGCGCUGCCGGAUUGUGGCAGUGGCGGCGGCAAAGUGAUUGGCAGGGCCGUGACCAGGGCACCGUUCCACGCCCAGGGCCACCACCGCCAUCCUCCACUGACCUCUGAUGGCCAGCCGCUUGCGCCCCCAGCAGCAAGUGUCAGCAGCAGGGGCUGCACCAGAGGGCGGCGUGUCCAGCCUGGCCUAGGCCCUGCUGAAUGUUCGUCUUCGGUGCCUUUCUGCGGUUCAGCGCCUUGCGGUCAUUAUUUUUGGCUGGUCCUGCUUCACCAAGUAUAAUCCGAACCGCUUCUUCAUUUCACCUCCGAGCGGAGCUGGAGCGCCUGCUGGGCGGGCGCGAGGGCCUGCGGUGCCGCCCCGGUGCCUGGGUGGGCCCAGAGAGCAGCCCCACCUCAUGCAGGGUUUCCGCACUGCAGGCACCCCAAGGCUGCUGCCGCGGACAGAGGGGCCGGAGAGCACUUUCCUCCAGAGCUGCCGCCGAGCCCGCUGGGCUGGGGGCCGCAUCGCAGCGGUGGCCGCGCGUCCUGCACCGCAGCCGUGCCGGUGAAGCUGUCCGUGAAUUGGCCAGAGUGCAGGCACCCGCCUUUGAUUAAAACUUGAAGAAAACAACACGUGGUAUUAUCUAACCAAAGGUUUUGUUAAUAAUAAUAAUAAUAAUAAUCUGUUUAUGUAAUAAGUUAUUGCCGAGUAUGUUAAAAGGGAGGGCUGAGCGGAGCAUCACCGAGGCAGGCGCCCCCACCGUCCCAGAGGAGCAGUGGCCACACUGGGGGCCCCGGCAGGCGCCUUCUGCGGGGAGCGCUGGCCUCCCCCGGCCUUGGGUGGGCGGAGCGAGCCGUGCUCCAGGCAGCUCCCUGCUGCUUGCCCUGCCCGAGGGGGCUGGCACCUCGGGGUCCAGCGCGCCACUCAGCCCGCGUGCUCGGUAGUGAGGGGGCCCUGAGCCGUGGGCUGCACUGGCCCACGCGAGGAGGUCUCAAUGAGACGUCCCGGCUUCAUUCGACGUGCAAAGCUGCCUUGCUCAUCAAGAAUCGCCCGCUUUCCUAGCGCGGGCUUUGCAGUCCCCAGCUGGUGGAAACGACUCGCUUUUUACUGGAACCCACAAUCACUCAGGUAGGGGUCCCAAGAAUGAAGGAGCAGGCCGCUUCUGAAACCAGCCGUUUCCAGUUCCGCACAGGCGUCCUCUCUCGGUAGACUCGGUCAAGGAAGGGCAACCCAUCUUCUGUGGCUGCUGCUAGACAGAGAGCGGCCCUCCACCCGUUACGAUCAUGUGAGCAGAGUGGAGCCGGAGCACGUGCUUCUCAGGAGAACAUAGGCACAUACUGCAAACCGCUGGGGCUGCCUCAACACUUGCUCCUGCCCGAGGAAUAGCUGGCCAAUUUCUCCUGUGGUCUUCCAGCCGCCCGCCUACCUUGCCCUCUCAUGAGAAGAUGUACGGGCGCCGCUGCCGAAUGUGUGUCUCGCUCUGGUCCCGAGCUUCUCAAGAACCGGGUCCUGGGCCUUCGACAGCCGCCAUAAUGUCCUGCCAAUGCAGUCAGUGGCCCAUUUCAUUCCAAGCAGGGUUGGGUCUGAAAUCUUGCAGCAGAAGGACAAGGGGCCGGGAUCUUCAGGACAGAGUUCCUCACCAGCAAUACGCUCCAUGUGCCCCUGGCGCCAUCGCCCCGGAGAGACGCCUGCACGCACGGACUGUGGCCAGGCUGCCCGCAGGCUCUGCGGAGGUUCCCCGGAGCCUCACCUCUGUUGUCGGCGUACCUGUGUGCAAACUCCCCGGGUAGGCUGGGAGCUAGAGAAGUCUGAUUCAUAUUGCUGGAAAUUGUUUUCAUAGAGGAUGAUUUUGUAAAGGCUCUUCUUGGAAUUUGAAUAUAUCUAAUUAAAACUCGCCUGUCCAGUU